ACGAGCAUUCUCAAUUCUCACAAGUCAUGUACUCAUGUUAGGUGGGUACUGAAAUCAUAUCAGUACUAUAUACAUAACACAUUAACAGUUAACACAUGACAAAAUAGAUUAAUAAACAAACCGUCGUUUACCGUGUUGCAUGGUUUCUGUGAACAUAUUUUAUUGAAUAGUUACCAUCGAAUAUUAAUAUUGUUCGUACGAAACUGCGUCGGAUUUGUGUAUUGUUUGAUCUUGUUAUUAUUAUAUAAUAUAAUAUCCACUGAUUUGAAUUAAUCACGAUGUCGUCUAAUUCUGACGAUUUGUUUGUUGAGGAUAAACCAUUUGAUUGGAUUAAAUAUCUUACUGUAAGAAAUGCAGAAGCGGUACCUAAAGAUUUUUUUCAUCAUAUUUGUGAGAGUGAAAUGAAUGGAAUCGAAUUGGGUUCAGUGGUGGAAAUUGAAAAUGAAGAUGGUAGUGGUUAUUGGUUUGCUAGUGUAUGUUUAUCUAAAGGCGCUUUCAUAAAUUUGCAUUAUUUUGAUGACGACAAUGAUAAACACAAUUUUUGGUUAAAAUUAAACUCAUCGCGCCUUCAUUCUUUAAACUGGGGAAGUGAAAAUAAUAAACAACUGAUACCUCCUCAUCCUGAGAGACGUUCACGUUUAAUCCCAGAAGAUAUUAAAGAAAGAGUUCAAAAUUGUGAGCAUGCUGUAUCAAACACUGUAUUGCAAAUGAAAGGUGCUCCAAUUCAUAAUAUAUUCAAGCGUAACAUGUUUGUUGAAGUUCAAGAUACAGAAUACCCUUAUCGUGUUUGGAUUUCAAAAGUGCUUAAAAAUGUGGGAGGGAGGUUAUUUUUACAAAUACAAGGAGUAAAAAGCACCAAGAAAAAAUCAUUUUGGUUAUUUUAUUUGAAUGAAAGGGUUUUUCCAUUAGGAUGGGCAGAAGAAAAAGGACUUCCAUGGAGAGUGAUGAAUUUAGAUGCUAAUUUAGAAAAUUCCAUGGAUUCUAGUGUACUUCUGAAUGUGUUAAAGAAAAAGAUCCCAGAACAACAUGGUUAUAAGGUUGGAGAAAUGUUGGAAAUAAUAAAUCCUUAUUCAUUGAUGGAAUUUUAUGUUGCUACUAUUGUUAAGAUCUAUGAUCGUCAUUAUUUUAAAGUUGAAGUAAAUAAUGAAAUUGAUGUAAAAAAACGUAUGAGUUUUGUGGCUACAAAAGAUAAUCCUUAUUUAUUUAAUGCAGGUUGGGCAAGCAAACAUAAAUUCUUACUACAACCUCCAUCUGAUUGGAAAAACCCAAACAAAUUCUCUUGGUCAAAAUAUAUAUUAAUGAAGAAUUCAAAAUUAGCUUCUGUAGAUAUGAACUCCAGGAAAAAUACUAACCAUGUUCAUAUAGGUAUGAAACUAGAAGCUGUUGAUCCUUUGAAUACUGAUAGUAUACGUGUAGCUACAGUUCAAGGAUUUGCUGAUCAUUGGAUGUUUUUGUCUUUUGAUAGUAUAAGUUGUUGUCUAGAAUCACUACAUGUGCGUUCAGUUUAUUCCGAUGAUGUUUUUCCAGUUGGUUGGUGUAAUAAACACAAAUAUUCUUUAAGUGUUCCAAAGCUUCCACAUAGAGAUAAUCAAAAUGUUGAUGAUGGUUGGAUAGAAUCAUUAAAAAGAAAAAAUAUUGGAGAUUGUGAAAAAGGAAAUUCUACUAUUUCAAAAACAGUAAAUAAAAAGAUUGAUGUUAUUGAACCAAUUUUUAAUGUUAAAGCAAAGGCACCUGAAUUAGAUGAAAAAUUGCAUGAUGCAUUAUUUUUAGAUGUAAAAGUUGAUGAUAUACAUGAAAAUAUUAACACUGUUAACAAGUGUAAUUCUAAGAAAUACAAAGUUAAUAAUAUUGAUACAAUAAUAGAAUAUGUAGUUAAUAAUACUAGUCCUAAAAAUAGCUAUAAAAUGUGUAUUUACUUUAACAAAGAUUGUUAUUGUGGUAGUCAUUUAAUAAAAAAAAAAAUUCCAACAUUACCAAAUAGUAUUGGUCCCGGUCUUGUAUCCUCAAUUUUACAGCAAGCAAUCACCAUACUUGUUGAUUUAGCUUAUUUUCCUUCAAAUGCCUUGAAGAUAAUAAAAAAAAAUGAAAAUAAGUUACUUAACGGACUUGGCGGUGUUAAAAUAUUGAUUAGCACCAAAGGAAGAAGAUCUCAAUUUAGAGCAUCUGAGUAUCUUCUAAUUCCUGGAUCUAAGGAGAUGGCUGGAAUUUAUUGUUCUGCCCUUUGUGAUCUAUUUGGUAUGUGUGAAUUCUUCGUGACUACUGAAGACACAAAAUGUCCUCAUAGUUGCAAUGCAAAAAAUGAUAAAAUUGUUGCAGGAUGUAAGAAUUAUUUGGAGAAUGUAAUUAGUUCAGCACACACAAUUCGAUUAAACCAGAGUAAUACUGAACUGGAAUCAUUACUUAUAGCUAAGAUAAUAACAAAAAAAAAUAUUCUUAGGAGAAUGGAUAGUAUGGAUAUUUUCAGCAAUACUAAAUCUGAAGUUAAAACCAUUGAAGAAAAACUAUUUGUUGUUUGUGAAAAUUGGAAAACCACUUUUGAAAACUAUUAUCGUCGAAAUCCAAGAUUUAAGAAACAUAAAAUUGAUAUAGGACAAUUAGAACAUAUUAAGAUCAUGUCUAAUCCAAAAUAUUGGUCUUCUCAAGACGUUUAUAAGUAUUUAACAAAUGAUGUAUUUUGUAAAGAUAUUGCAAAGAAAUUAUCCGAUGAGGAAUUUGAUGGUACAGCAUUUAUGCUAUUAAAUGAAGAACAACUUUUAAAGAGAUUAGGGUGUUCAAUAAAUUUAGCAAUAAGAAUCUUGUGCCAUGUAGCUGAAGCAAAGUUUAUUUGCUUAACAAAAUAUUGUAAUGUAGCAGUUUCCUAAAUGCUCUGUAGAAAUUGUCAAAUUAUUACAUAUUUUAUUUUGUUUAGAAAAAGAAAAUUGUUAUUUAUUUGGAUUACAAUGUGUCAAUGAUAAAAAUAACUAUUAUUUAGAUUUUUGAGGUAUAUAUAAUUUUAGUUAUUAUACUAUCCAAUUAGUUAUAAAAAUGUAUUUUUCAAUAUUUAUUUUUUACAGUACUUAUCUUAUUGUAUACUAAUAGUUAAUAUUUUUUUAUACAUUUUACUAUUUAAAAGUACACAACUGUGUGUGAAGCAUUAGUUAAGAUUAAUUAUACACUGUAUUUUAGUUAUAAAUUAUAAUGUUAAGUAAAUGUAUAAAUCAAAAAUCAAAAUAAAAUAAUAUAGACUGUA